UCAUACAGAGGAAGUCCUUGUCUUUAGGAACUGUGACUGCAAAGGGGUGUUACCAAAGAAUUAUAUUAAAAAGCGGGUGUAACCCACCGCUCGGAUCAAGUUGUGUCUGGUGUUAGUAGAAGAGAAUACAGCAGUUCCAGUUGUUUCAGUUCACAAUAACCUGCUUUUUGGACUAACUCAACUUUAUUUACCUUUUUGCUGUUGAGAGGUACAGGAGACUCUUCAAUGUGAGAGAGGUGUCGACAGCAGGAAGAAGAGGAGAAGCUGAGGAGGGAGACAGAGGAGGAGUGGUUGAAGACAGCCCAGAAAAAGAGGAAGUGCUUGAGGGACCAGUGGUUCAGUGAAACAACUCCGCCUCCUGUCAUUCUUACAUUCAACAGCUUCAGCACUGUUCCUCCGCUGCAGGACGAAGCAGACGAGCACACGGCAGAGGAACAAACCAAAAGUCAAAAUACGCCUGAGGACAAGAAGGAAGAGGCAGCUGAUGCCAGAGAAGAGGAACAAGCUUCCCAAGAAGAAAACAACGAGUGUGUCAACUGUACAGCCACAGCCAGAACACACAACCACUAUCAGGCUGCAACUGACGAGGACAUACGAGUGAAUAAAGAAGAUCACUUGUCCAUACAAAUGGCACAAAGGAUGUUUCAUGAAAGUGGGGAAGAUGGCCGAUCAGUCCUGGGAAUGUUGGCAGUGCAGGUCGAGAGAGACCCCAAGACAGGUGCUACUGUCGUUAGGUCAGUGGCCCCCGUGUCCACACCGGCUGGAGCUCCGACGGCUACCACAGUCUUCGACGAUGGCAGGAAGAGUAUCCACGCCGUCGGUGGGUCAGGAGAACAACCCUCGACAGAGGAACUUGGGCAGAUCUUGAGUGUCAUCGAUGGUGUUGGGAUGAAAGCGCUGCUGGAUGAAGUCACAGUAACACCGACCAAGGCAGAGAUUGUAGAGGCCAGUUUCACUCCAGAGGAAAAAGUCCUGUCUUUUUCUACCCAUCAUCCCAUGGCAAAAGAGAGCAAUAUGCAGUUAGACAGCUCGAGAAGCUACAACUUGGAGGCAGAGGAGAGCACUGAGGACUGUGUGGUAUGUGUGGGAAAUGAAGAGGAUAAAAAAGAGGACAGAGGGAUCAUAGCAGUUCGAGACAUUGCAGGAACAAUAGACAACGUUGAGGAUCAGAAGCUGGAGGAAGGCCCAGUCACUCUUGUGUUCCUGGGAUACACUGAUGCCACAACUGGCCAAGAUGACAACCAAGAGGAUGAUGAAGGCAUGCUUACUGCGGAACGAGUGAUUAUCACUGAUGAUGGAGAAGAACUCGUCUUAGGACCUGAAACAUCUGCUUCACCUCCAUCAACCUUAAACAAAGCAGCAGAGCAAGAGGGAGGGAAAGGGUCCCAAGAUGAAGUAUUUCAGGAUAUUCCCCUGGAUGGAAACAAAGCAGGAGUUAAAGUUCAGGAUGAGAAAGGUGACAGGGGGCUGCAUAAAGCAAAUUCAGCCAGUAUAGCAGAGGGAGAAAACACUUCCAAGAGCAAGACCUGUCAGUGUUGUUCUGUCAUGUAAGAAAAUGAUUGAAGAGAGAGACUCCCUCAUCAGGCUUAAUCAUAACGUUUGUUAUGUUUUUAUACCCUUGUGCCUUCUAUUACACACCAUAUACUACACUGCUUCCUUAAUGACAGAUAAUGAGAGCUUAUACCACUCUCUGGUAUGGUCUUACAAUGGUUUUGGCUCUGAGCACCCACUGCUUCACUUUGCCAAAGACAGAGACAUUUAUGAGGUCGUAAGUCUUUGCAGCAGCUGUGGACUGUCAGCAGCUCUGAAGGACUACUAAAAUCCACUCCCCCCCCUGGUGGUCAAAGCUGAGAAUUUCAACAUGGACUCCUGCAGACAUGCAGGUACUUCUUAUCUCAAAUGAUUCCUCUUUUUCUCUGCCUUGGGACUUGUCCUAUGCCUUAUCAGCCAAAAAGAUUCCAUACAUUUAGCUGUGUUUCCUCCAGGAAUGGGAAAAGAGCAAAAGAUGUAUACUGUGGCAUAAAUAUUUCUUGACUAGACUAAGUGUGAUUCAUGGAGAUUUAAUGUUAAUUUUAAAUUUUCAAAAAAUGAGUGACUUUUGUAACAUCCUUUGAUAAUUCUUGUACCUGACUUCUCAGGGCUGCAGCUGCUGCUGAAGACAAAAUUGAUGUUUCUGAGAAUCUGGGUGUUUGGAGUUAGGAGUUUGUAUUGUAUUUCCAUGGUAACUUGUAUAAGCCUGGCUAAGAUAUAUUUAGGUGUCAAAUGUCUUAAACUAAUGGUUCAACAUUUUGGGAAAUACCCUUAUUUGUUUUCUUGCUGAGAGCUAGAUGAGAAGAAUAUCACUCUCAUGUCUGCACAGUUACUAUGGAGCUACAGCCAGCAGCUGCUUAGCUGUAGCUUAGGACAAAGAAACAGUUAGUGAGCUUCAGGGGUUCGAGUAGAAAUAUUUUUAUUAUUUUUCAACAAAGCCAAGCUAUCUUUUUCCACAUUUCCAGUCUUUAUGCUAACCUAAUCUAAGCUAACUGGCUGCUGAUCGGAGCUUCAUAUUUACCAUACCGACACAGACAUGGUAUCAAUCCUCUAAGUCACAGCAAGAUGUCAGACUACUCCUUUAAAUUGGGUUAUUUCAGGACAGAAACACACAUUUUUAGAAUAUUUCUCCUCCAGAGUUAUAUUUGUGGUAUUGUGGAAUAGAUUUGAAACUCCAUAGGAAAUUAUGUAGGAAGAUCAAAUUUGCCAAAAAUAUAUUUAGUAGUUAAAUUACCAAUGAAAAUGUGGGAAAAAUUUGGAAGAAUUUGGACGCUUGACCUCAGUAUAUCAUACCUGGCAACUGUCUGCUAAAGUGUUUUAUUAUGCCUAUCUCUGUAAUUUGGUAUACAGCUGAUAAUUACAGUGGAUGCAAACUGGCAUAUAUGGUUAUAAAACAGAAUAUAACAAUGUUAA